CCAGUGGUGACAAGAGCAGAGGCUGGGCUCAGAGCCGCCUCACGGAAGAACCCACUGCAGUCAGAAACGUGACACCAGAAAGGUUAUAAGUCACCCCCCACCCCCCUGUCCCCACCUGACGGGUCCCUUCCCAGCGUACCUCUGAGCGGCCGGCACCAUGGCAGGCGCCUCGGUGAAGGUUGCGGUGCGGGUCCGCCCCUUCAACUCCCGCGAGAUCAGCAAAGAAAGCAAGUGCAUCAUCCAGAUGACGGGGAACACAACUACCAUCCUUAACCCCAAGCAGCCCAAAGAGAACAAAAGCUUCAACUUUGAUUUCUCCUAUUGGUCACACACCUCGCCCGAGGACAUUAACUAUGCAUCGCAGCUGCAGGUGUACAAAGACAUUGGAGAGGAGAUGCUGCUUCAUGCCUUUGAGGGCUACAAUGUCUGCAUCUUUGCGUACGGCCAGACAGGGGCUGGGAAGUCCUACACCAUGAUGGGCAGGCAGGAGAAGGACCAGCAGGGCAUCAUCCCUCUGCUCUGCGAAGACCUCUUCACCAAAAUCAAUGACAGCAGCAAUGACAACGGCAUGGGUUACUCCGUGGAGGUAAGCUACAUGGAGAUUUACUGUGAACGCGUGCGGGACCUGCUAAACCCCAAAAAUAAGGGCAACUUACGAGUCAGGGAGCACCCACUGAUGGGGCCCUACGUGGAGGAUCUGUCUAAGCUAGCCGUCACCUCGUACAGUGACAUCCAAGACUUGAUGGACUCUGGGAACAAAGCCAGGACUGUGGCAGCCACAAACAUGAACGAGACCAGCAGCCGCUCUCACGCCGUGUUCAACAUCAUCUUCACCCAGAAAAGGAGUGAUGCAGAGACUGACAACACGUCUGAGAAGGUCAGCAAAAUCAGUUUAGUGGAUCUGGCUGGAAGCGAGAGAGCCGAUUCCACAGGGGCCAAGGGCACCAGGCUGAAGGAAGGAGCAAAUAUCAACAAAUCCCUGACCACCCUGGGGAAGGUCAUCUCUGCUUUGGCAGAAGUGGAUUCUGGUCCAAACAAGAACAAAAAGAAAAAGAAGGUGGAAAACUUCAUUCCAUACAGAGAUUCCGUGUUAACCUGGUUACUGAGAGAGAAUCUAGGUGGAAACUCUCGCACUGCGAUGGUGGCCGCCCUUAGCCCUGCUGACAUUAACUACGACGAGACCCUCAGCACACUCAGGUACGCUGACCGGGCCAAACAGAUCCGCUGCAAUGCAGUCAUCAACGAGGAUCCCAACAACCGUCUGGUGCGCGAGCUGAAGGAGGAGGUGUCCCGACUGAAGGACUUACUCUGCGCACAAGGCCUCGGGGACAUUAUUGAAACAUAUCCGGCUGCCGGCCCCAAGAUUGCUGGUUUGAAACUGACCAAUGCCAUGACGGGGAUGAGUCCCUCCCCCUCUCUGUCCGCCCUCUCCAGCCGAGCAGGCUCCAUCAACAGCCUUCAUGACCGCAUCAUGUUCAGCCCUGGCAGUGAGGAGGCCAUUGAGAGGCUGAAGGAAACUGAGAAAAUCAUUGCCGAGCUCAAUGAAACCUGGGAGGAGAAGCUUCGUCGCACAGAGGCCAUUCGAAUGGACAGGGAAGCACUUCUGGCUGAGAUGGGCGUGGCUAUGCGAGAAGAUGGAGGCACUGUGGGGGUCUUUUCACCCAAAAAGACACCCCACCUAGUGAACCUCAAUGAAGAUCCCCUGAUGUCAGAGUGCUUGCUGUACUACAUUAAAGAUGGAAUCACCAGGGUGGGCCGCGAGGAUGCUGGCCGGCGGCAGGACAUUGUCCUCAGUGGUCACUUCAUCCAGGACGAACACUGCAUCUUCACCAGUGCCAUGGGCCCGCUCAAUGAAGCAGUGGUAAUUCUCGAACCCUGUGAGGGGUCGGAGACCUAUGUCAACGGGAAGAGGGUGACCGAGUCCACCGUGCUCCGAUCAGGAAACCGCAUCAUCAUGGGGAAGAGCCACGUGUUCCGGUUCAACCACCCAGAGCAGGCCCGGCAAGAGAGGGAGCGAACGCCCUGUGCUGAGACCCCAGUGGAGCCUGUGGACUGGGCCUUCGCCCAGAGGGAGCUGCUGGAGAAACAGGGCAUCGACAUGAAGCAGGAGAUGGAGCAGAGGCUGCAAGAGCUUGAAGAUCAAUAUCGCAGGGAGAGAGAAGAGGCCAGCAACCUGCUGGAACAGCAGCGACUGGAUUAUGAGAGUAAACUGGAGGCCCUUCAGAGGCAGGUGGAUUCCCGUUAUUACCAAGAAACCACAGAAGAAGAGGAGGAGCCUGAAGAGGAAGUGCAAUGGUCGGAGCGGGAGACGGAGCUUGCGCUUUGGGCAUUCCGCAAGUGGAAGUGCUACCAGUUCACCUCCCUCAGGGACCUGCUGUGGGGGAAUGCCAUUUUUCUGAAGGAGGCUAACGCUAUCAGUGUGGAGCUGAAGAAAAAGGUUCAGUUCCAGUUUGUGCUGCUGACAGACACACUAUACUCCCCUUUGCCUCCUGACCUCCUGCCCCCCAACGCAGCCAAAGACCGGGAGAUACGCCCAUUCCCACGUACCAUCGUGGCAGUGGAGGUUCAGGACCAGAAGAACGGGGCCACUCACUACUGGACUCUGGAGAAGCUCAGGCAGAGGCUGGAGCUGAUGCGCGAGAUGUACGACCGGGCUGCUGAGGUCCCCAGCCACUCCAUUGAGGAUUGCGACAAUGUGAUGACGGGCGGGGACCCGUUCUACGACCGCUUUCCCUGGUUCCGCCUGGUAGGCAGCACCCCCAUUUUCAACACGUGCAUGAGCGAGCGCAUGACCAAUCUCACCCCCUCCCCCACCUUCUCCGACCCCGACUCUGACAUUACCGAGCUUGCCGACGAGCGGCAUUACGGGAAGGUGGAGGAGGAGGAUGAGUUGGAGGAGUUGGAGGAGUUGGUGGAUGAUGAUGAGGAGGAGGAGGAGUUGGAGGACCUGGACGAUGAGAUCUUUUUGGACGACCCGUGCUCGGAGCUGGGGGGAGAGGAGGGAGAGCGCUACCCGGGCUCCAGCGAAGGCCAGGAUCCCUUUUACGACCGCUCGCCUCUAUUCAGUGUAGUGGGAAGGGCCUUUGUGUAUCUCAGUAACCUGCUCUACCCCGUACCCCUGGUGCACCGGGUGGCCAUCGUGAGUGAGAAGGGCGAGGUCAAAGGCUUUCUAAGGGUUGCAGUGCAAGCCAUUUCAGCCGAUGAGGAGGCCCCCGACUACGGCUCUGGUGUGCGGCAGUCAGGAACCGCCAAGAUUUCCUUUGAAGACCAGCAAUUUGAGAAGUUUCAGACAGAGUCCUGCCCAACGGGCAUGUCCCGCUCUGGAACAUCCCAGGAGGAGCUGCGCAUCGUUGAAGGAGAGGGACAGAAUUCAGACACAGGCCCCACGGCAGACGAAGUCAACAAUAACACCUGUGGAGUGAACACAGAGGAAAUUGAGAGUCCCCUGAAGGCCAAUGUAGAGGGGCCUCUGGAAGGCGGUCUGGAGCACCUGAGGAUCGGAAGCGUCUUCACCUUCCGAGUGACGGUCCUUCAGGCCUCUAGCAUCUCCGCUGAGUAUGCAGACAUCUUCUGCCAGUUCAACUUCAUCCAUCGACACGACGAGGCCUUCUCCACAGAGCCACUGAAGAACACAGGCCGCGGCCCGCCUCUGGGCUUCUACCAUGUGCAGAACAUUGCAGUGGAGGUGACCAAAUCUUUUGUGGAGUACAUCAAGACUCAGCCCAUUGUAUUUGAGGUGUUUGGACACUACCAGAAGCAGCCUUUUCCACCACUUUGUAAAGAUCUCAUCAGCCCACUACGACCUACUAGAAGACAGUUUCCCAGAAUUAUGCCCUUGUCUAAACCAGUGCCUGCCACCAAACUGAGCACGCUGACCCGCCCCACAGCUGGGCCCUGCCACUGCAAGUAUGACCUCAUGGUGUUCUUCGAGAUCUGUGAGCUGGAAGCCAACGGAGACUACAUCCCUGCUGUAGUGGAUCACAGAGGAGGCAUGCCCUGCCACGGCACCUUCCUGCUACACCAGGGCAUUCAGAGGCGAAUCACAGUGACCAUUGUGCACGAAACAGGAAAUGACAUUGAGUGGAAGGAGGUCCGGGAGCUGGUUAUAGGUCGCAUUCGAAACACCCCUGAAGCCGACGAGACCAUCAUCGACCCCAACAUUCUGUCUCUCAACAUCCUCUCCGCGGGGUACAUCCGCCCCUCCCACGAUGACAGCAUUUCCUUGGGAAUAGACCAUAGGACCUUCUACCGUUUCGAGGCUGCCUGGGACAGCUCCAUGCACAACUCCCUGCAGCUGAACCGUGUCACACCUUACGGGGAGAAGAUCUACAUCACCCUCUCUGCUUACCUGGAAAUGGAGAGCUGCACUCAGCCCACAGUCAUCACCAAAGAUUUCUGCAUGGUGUUCUACUCCCGGGAUGCCAAGCUGCCCGCUUCCCGUUCCAUCCGGAACCUCUUCGGCAGCGGGCUGAAGGCGUCCGAGGGGAACCGCGUCACCGGCGUGUACGAGGUCAGGCUUUGCCACUUGGCUGACGCGGGCAGCCCAGGCAUGCAGAGGAGGCGCAGGCGGGUCCUGGACACCUCCGUGGCCUACGUACGCGGGGAGGAGAACCUGGCUGGCUGGAGGCCCCGUAGCGACAGCCUCAUUCUGGACCACCAAUGGGAGCUGGAGAAACUGAGUCUGCUGCAAGAGGUGGAGAAGACCCGGCACUACCUGCUGCUGCGAGAGAAGCUGGAGUCCACGCUGCUGAUUGGCCAGGACUCACUAUCGUCAUGCGGGAGCGAGGACCUGAGCGACUCCUCUCAGUCCUCCACCGACAGCAGCAGUGCCCUGGGGUCCAACGUGGCUCCGGAGAGCCCCAACGAGAGGCAGAGGGAGCUGGCUGCCAAGUGUCUGCGACUGCUCACCCACACCUUCAACAGGGAGUACAGCCAAGUGUGUAGCAGUGCCAGCGAGGGGAAGCUGUCUGAGAUGUCAGUGACACUACUGAGGGACACCUCGGGUUCCGCCCUGAGCACUCUGACCCCUUCCUCCACCUGCCCCUCACUCGUGGAAGGCGGCUACGCCAACGCUGAACUCAGAACCCCGGAGCUUCACUCCCGUGCUCUCACUCCAGAGCUGGACCCCCUCCUGGAGGGAGAGAUGAAGAAAUCCCCCAGCGGGGCUCUGGAGGCCAAGAUGAGAAUCCGUACCUUCGUCCCAGACAUUCAGGAAAUCCGCGUCAGCCCCAUCGUAUCGAAGAAAGGCUACCUGCACUUCCUGGAGCCGCACACCAACGGCUGGGUGAAGCGCUACGUGGUGGUACGCCGGCCGUACGUGUACAUUUACAACACUGAGAAGGACAGCAUGGAGAGGGCCAUCAUCAACCUGUCUACUGCCCAGGUGGAGUACAGCGAAGACCAGCAAGCCAUGCUGAAGACUCCCAAUACAUUUGCGGUGUGCACCGAGCAUCGUGGGAUACUCCUCCAAGCAAGUAACGACAAGGAGAUGCAUGACUGGCUGUACGCCUUUAAUCCUCUCCUAGCAGGGUCCAUCAGGUCAAAGCUUUCCAGGAGAAGAGCUGGGCAAAUGAGGAUGUAAAUCGACCUCCAAUCCUCUCCCCCCUUGUGAAAAAAAAAAAACAUGAUGAAGAAGAUUUAAGACUAACCAUGUAUAUAGAUCACUUGACCUAACACCACCUCUUCCCCCUGUGCUGAAUCUACCCACUCCUCCCCCCCAAUACCCUUUCGUAACCUGCCUGCUCCUGCACACGCUCAGUUCAGCACAAACGAACCAAGACAUUGCGCGAGGCCCAGCUGCCCUCCUCUUUGAUGUGUGUCAGGCUUUGUUACCGACGGCCGGUCAUCUGAAUAUCGUUCCCCUGGGUACCCAGAUAUCGCCUUACUGGAAUGUUCCCAGUCUGGUGAGAGAGGCAAGAGGGGAGGAAUGGUGUCUUUACUGUAUCAGUUCAUACUGUAGUUCCCAAAGUAGCUGCUUGUAUCGGCUUCAACAGUGUGUUGGUCUUUCCCUCGUCAUGCUGAAGGGAAAAGGAUGUGAGUCUACAAUGGUGUCAGUUGUCUCCCUCUACAGAGCUGUCCUUCCCUUCACGACAUACUGUACCACAUUUCACUUUGCAUUUGUUUCUCAAAGAAAACCCACAAACCACAUCAGUACCUCAGCUUCACUACAAUGAAUCUAAAACAGUGCACUCUUUGAGACAAGUGCAUACCAUUCAACCCAGAUUAUGGGUGUUUCAGUUGACCAAGCCAGAGUACUCAUUUCGCAUUUCCAUAUGAACUCGACUGAAUCAUCGUUCAUUGGAAAAUGCCUGAGGGUUGACAGAGCUGUCUCAAAAGCACACUGUCUCGUUUUUUGGUCAUUGUAGAACAUUCAAGAUUGUUUGCAUUGUUUUCCUAUUAAGACAUAGACACAAAGGGAGAAUUUGACAGCACAAAGAUUUUCAUUCUCUCACAUUGGCAUAGUGAUACCCCACAAUCCCUUUCUCUUGUUCUUGAUGAAACUUAAGGUUGUUCAAUUAACGCAAAUAAUACCCCGAUCGACUCAUUUUAUGGUGAGCGUAAGCUGCACUUCCACUAAAUUAACUUAUUUGCUCUGCUUGUUUUGAUUAGCAUAUUUUAAAACAGUAUUUGUGUUUUAGGGUUUAAAUAUUUAUUAAGCCAGAUAUUUAUUUACAUAAGCAUUUAUUUAAAUAUUUAUUUACAAAGACAUUUAUAUUUUUUAUUGAACUGUAGAAUGUUCUGCAUAAGGCACUUUUUAUCAUUUGUUUUCCUGUGAUUUUGCUCAUUCACAUUUUUAGAACCAAAAAAAUGCAACUAUUAAAAAAGGAAAGUUGCAGUGGAUUUAGCUGCUAUGUGAAAUGCUUAUGAAUGGAUGCAUUUGUUGUUCCUAAGAAUUUCAAUCAAAUUUUACAAGCAAUGCCUUCCCCACUACUCCAACAAAUCUAGCUAGCUUGAAACAUCUUACUGUGGGUGUAAUGUCUGGGUAUAGCAGGAUAGAGUACCCUAAAUUAUUAGCAUUCAUUAAUUUAUGUAUUCAAUAAUUUAUUUGAUUUCACACACAAGUCACCUAUUCUUGAUGGAUAAGUGGAGGAAAAAAAACGAUAACUCAGACACGCUGUAAGACUUGCAGAAAAAUUCUAUACCUCUUGAUCAGUGACAGAUUGAUUUCAUUAUAUGGCAAGACAUUGCAAAGCCUCCUUCAUUGCAGAAUAUGAUGGUAUAUUGGGUUUGUGAAGGUUGUGUGUCUAUACUUUGAUGGAUUUUGGUAGCAUUUCCUCUUUGUCACCGCUCUAACCUUCCAUGGUUUCACGACUCCCUUCUUCCGCUGCUGUGGUUCCCUUCUGUGCUCACAUCAGCCGACUUUGCCUCUUACCAUCACGUGGCAUGUAUAGUCCACCUUCCUUAUGUUUACAAAAUAUACAGUCUUUUUGUUGUAAUGAUAAGUUAUGAACUUGAUGUGCCUCUAUGAGUUGUCACAAAAUGGCAUUUUAUAAGCGUAUCCUAAAGUGACUAUCGAUUAAAGAUUUAUACAGUUGCAUACCGGCUUUGCACUUGAGACAUAUUGGCCCAUGUACUGUAUGCAUGCAUCCAGGUUCAGCUCCUGUGAACAAAGAUUGGCACGAGACCCGAUGGUUCUAAGUUUGGCUCCUUAUGUGAAGCUUGCAAACGGUCUUGGCUUUUCUCAAAGUUCACCUUUUUCUAGAUCAGCUCUUGAUCUUCGGCCAUGUAAUUUCAUGUGGCCUUUCUUUUUGCCUUGCCAUCCUGUGUACAUGGCUCAAACCAUCUGAUCCUCUCAGGGUGGAUUCAACAUGGCCCCUGGCUGGUAUGAACCAGUCACACUCAGAGAUUUUAAAGGAGCAGAAUGCCUUGGGGGGUCACAGUAGUUCCCUUCUUUGUAGACCUGCCUCAGAACUUAAAUAGAUUCCGCUUUUAGUUGAGUUGCAUGCAAAACUGCUAAAACGUACAUUUUCUUAUACUUCACUCCUGCAUGGAACAAUGGUCAACUAAACAUUCCUCAGUUUAGAUUUUUUCACCUGAUACACAGCCUAAUUGUGGCAAUAGAUUAUAGAAUAUCUUUUUUUUUUCAUUGUCACCCUCAUGACCUGAAAGAACAGACAGUGGUUUAUGAUAACGCAAGAUGGAGUGCGCUAGAAGUAUGAAAUUAUUCAAAUUGCUUGUCAAUAGAGUGCACCUACGAGAGAAAACAAGGCAGUCCUUGAGUUGCCGGAUGCAAUAUUUGUUCUUGUCAUUGACAGUGUCUUUGUUUCAUUAUGAGACUUUGUGCAAUCCACAAAGCACUUUUUACAAGUGGUCGCUGAAAAGGUUUUCAUCUUGAAAGAUGUCUUUACCUUUUUCAAGGGCUGUGCUCGGAGGGACAAACACUGUUACAUGGACAUGUCCUUAGCCAGGCAGCUAAUGGAGCAUGUCCUGGAAUGUUUGUCUUGUGUGUUUGCAGAGGAAUAUUAAUAAUAAGAUAUUCCUGACAGCACUGGGUAUUAGAGCGUGCCUAAGGCCAGCCAACCUAUAGAGCAUGCUCAGUUUGAGAGUUUGAGCACACUCUGGGAAAUGUAUGUCAAUGUGACGGCAAAUAAAAUAUCUCCGUUGGAUGUCAUGGUACUCAUACCCAAUGGAUGACUUGACAUGAUGUAAUAUUUUAUAAUAGAAGCAUUGCCAUCUUUGAGGAAUUUAGGAGGAAGAAAGAUAUUCAGAAUAUUGGCUGUUGUUGGUCUACAACAGAUACUUGACAUAGCAUAGUGUUUAUUUUCCCUCAUAAAUUUAGUGUUAAUAUUGCUGGGUGUAAUUUUGCAUGAGUUGUAAUAUCUGAGAGAGGUUUAAGAAAAUGUAUCAAUUUACGCAGUGUACAAAUUGUAACUGUCAAGACACAUGGCUGCAUCUGAAAGAUUAGAAGGCGAUGCUUUGUUCUGUGUCUUUGGUUCAGUUCAGUCUUUUACCGUAGAACUUUUCAAAUGUUUGGAUUAAUGCUACCUAAAGCUAGAAUUCAAGAAACUUUAGUCAAUUUUGUAUCUUAAAAAUGCAAACAAUAGCAUGCUGGUGGUAUCAAUUUAGACAUACAUACAUAGUUGCUGUUAUCAAAAUCUUCCAAUAUACAUCACAUUUAAUGAAUCCCCCUCUCCCUCUCUAAAUGUGAACUAAAUUAUCAGAUGAUGAAAUUCAACUAGCACGUCUAGUUUACUGUAUUGACAGUCGGAUGUUUGAUGGCCCUGACUUCUUGAGCAAAAGAGAUAUAGGUCAGAUAUAUUAGGAUAAGCAGCAUUCUUUAACCAACUGUAUAAUAUAGGUUGAUUACAUUUUGAUUGUACAUAUUGCAAAAUUUCGGCUCUUGUUGAGCAGUUUAUAGAAUUUCAGUCGUCGGGUGUAAUUAUUUUUUACCCAUUUGUGCUUUGGACUCAAAUUCCAGUGUAGUAGGAACUGCAUUAAAUACAUGUACAAUAUGGACUCAUAGCUUUGCAUGUGCUGCUAUACAUUGGCUUUGAGAUGUGAUCAGUUUUGUCAGCUCACCAAAAAAAAAAAAAGGAAAAUUAAAUAGAAAUAGGGCAUCAACCACGACAUUGGCCAUACGUUCUAUGCAACAGAUUUUCACGUCUUUUGCGGCAAGUGUACUUUUGAGGGGCUAAAAGAACAGGGUUUGUGGGCUGGGAGAGGUAUGCAGAUUUCUUUCAUUUUUUUGUAGAAGGUACUGUUCUGAGGUGUUCGCCAUUCUCGAAAAUGACAUCCUGAAGUGCACUGGGCACACGGAAUUGCUCCCAAUCUAUCCUAAAGUUGGAACACCUGCUAUAGCUCCCAGCAUGCACCUGUAGCUGUCAACAAUGUGCCCCAACCUUUUUCUUUUGAUAUUUCCGUGCUUCUCUAUCAGAACAGCAGCCCAAGGGCUCCUCUCAGCUCUGUAAACUAAAUGUGUCACGUUUCAAGCUCUUCUUCUUCAUCUAUUUUUUGCUCUGUAUAUAAACAUGAUUGCUGUGGACGGUGUAUUAUACAGCUCUAUCCCAUUUGUACCAUCCUGAAUGGGCAGUAGUUUAAUCAAUGUCUCAAACUAUUUGAGUGUUGGAGUCUUCAGAUGUUUGUGUACACUUAACACGUUGUCGGAUAUUAAAUAAACGUGAAUCUUAUGCAACA